CCAGGGGCAGAAGAUUCAAAUUCACCUAUCGGCGCCAGAAUAUUUGAAGGGAGGAGGAGCACCCAGAGAGGAUAGCAGUCACCAUGGAAACGGCACGCCGGAGGCUGCACAGCGGAAAAACGCAUACGUUUCGGCCCAACAUAACGUUAAAUUUAAUAGAAAUCUCACCCUUUCGGCAACCAGACUCAGCAGAAAAUACAGAAGACUGGUUAGACGGACAGAAGACCUGGAAAAUUGGCCCUUACUGGAAAUUCAGAGAGCAGCAGAACUCGGAAGAAAGAGGCGGAGCGAAGACGGCAACUCUAGAGACAGCCCGAGGCAGAUGGAGCUCCAGCAAAACUUUGAGGAUUUUGAGGAUAGGGAGUUGAGUUGGAGAGUCUGAGGCGUUGGGGACGCUCACAGGCGGCAGUUCAGUUGGAGUUGGAGAGUCGGAGGCGUUGGGGACGCUCACAGGCGGCAGUUGAGUUGGAGUUGGAGAGCUGGGAAGUGGAGUUCGGAGGUGGGCGGGACAGUCAGUUUGUAGCGGCAGGAUGGAGAAGGACAGGCGAUGGAGGGAAUGAGUUCGAGCGGAGAGGAGAGUUUGAGAGGAGUCGGCGGUGAUAGUUCUGGAGGAGGAGGAUGGAGGACUGCCUGCCACUGGAGGACUCUGCGCCGCUCCGCCGUUCCAUGUCGCCCGCCACCAUCGCUCCGCGGGCUGCCGCCAACUCUGCCGCCCGUCCGUCGUCGCUGUGCCGCCCGCCCGCCGAUAAAUCUGCUGCCAGCCGGCCGUCAGCCCUGUCGUCCACAGCCAACAGCUAACAAGCUGAGGGAGCUCAGCAAGCGUCAGCAGGACGAAUGUCUCACCACGUCCCGACACCGUGCCGCCGACACCACCAAAAAACUCGGGGAGCGGCUGCGUGACACCAACUACUGGAAGUUCGAGCUGGAGCGACUGCUGGAGGACAUGCGGAAUGAGAUUGACCUGAUGCUGGCGCAGAAAAACCGGCUGAGGAACUCACUGAACGCCUCACAGGUGCCGUAUAUGAUCGUCACCGACAGCCUGGAUACCCGCCGUCGUCGGAUCGACGGAGAUCUUGUCACCGAUCAGCUGGAUGUGGCUCUUAUGAAGGAGAUGGACGUCAUAAAGCGCGCCCGUGACUUGCUGGAGGACACGUCAGUCACCGCCGACCGGGUGCUGGCCGCCGACCGGCGCUGUAAGGAGGCACUGGAGCAUGACUGGAGCGACAAGUACCAGGCGUCGCGCAUCGACAGCGCGGCAGGAGAGCUGACGCCCAGCUCGACCAACAUCAAACCGUACCCGGGCGUGCGCGCCUUCCACCCAGGCCAGUCAACUCUGGAAGAGUGGCGGGAGUUCACCCAGCGGAACCAGGACAGAGCAGAGGAGCAGCGCUGCGAGUCUACUCGUCUCAGACACCUGAUUGACCGCAUCCUGCAAGAGGUUUCCCGGGACAUGUUAGCGGCCAGCGACGAGACGGCCACGGCCACUGAGCGGCGCAUUCAGGAGGUGAUCGCCGCACUGCAGCGGCUCGAGACCGAGCUCAGAGAGGUCAUCCAGGAGAUCGUCAGCCAGGAGCAGACCAUCGCCGACCUGAAGCAGGCCAUCGAUGAUCUGGAGCGACCGCUGAUGGUGGCUCAGACCCGCACCCAGCGCCGCGGCUUCCGGCCCAACGUGGAGGAAUCGCGCGACCACCCGCAGUGCAGCCUGUCUGUGGAGCUGCUGGAGCUACCGAAACAGAUCGCUCUGCUGCGACAGCGACUAUCGGACGCCCAGAGGCACCUCCAGACUCUGCUGAACCGCCGAUGUGUGCUGGAGAAUGACGUGGCUGUGAAGCGCGAGUCGCUGAGAAUUGAUAAGGAAAAGAUCCGGGUGAUCCGCAGCCGCUACCCGUCCAGCGUGCGGCUCAACGGCUACUGAUAAGUGACGUCACUGAUCGGUGACGUCAGCCGCUCGGUGACGUCAGCCGAUUUUGCGGCGCGAUGGAGACCGAGUGACGCGGCCACUGCCAAAGGCGCUGUUUUGUGAGAUACGAGUCCGUCCUUUUCAAGCAAAAUGUCAGCGAGUUCGUGGAUGUUUAGAAUUCAGUCAGCUUCAGUCGCAGCAGAAGUGGCUGCGCAGCGCUAUUGAAUGGUGUAUGUGGUUAGAUAGUCCGUCCUAGUUCCAUUUUUCAAAUCUCCGACAGCUGAGUGGUGGCUUUGAAAUGAUAAAUCGUCCAGCCGGAUGAGUUGUCGUCGCUCUACGAUGUCCGACGUUGUAGCUCGUUUAUAAAUUAAUCCCGCCUAGAUGUGAUUUGUCCUUGUUACCACAUCAUGAUUGAUUGCUUUGAUUGUCGCUGAGCGCUUGCUACCACUAUAUUGUCUGUGGAGCAAAGUCCUGUGGCUAGUCUCUGCGUGCUUUAUCGUGAAAAAUCAACGAACGACAAUGAAAUAAACCGACCAAGACGACAA